GAGGGGAGAGAGGGAAGGAGGGAAGGAGGGGAGAGAGGGAGGGAGUGUGGGGUGGGGGGGAGGUAAGGCAGGGCAGGGAUGGUGCCUGGUUGGACGGUCGAUGGCUCCGGGCAGCGGAGAUGAGAGGGAAUCGCCCCAGCAGCGUCCUGCUCAGCGCAGCCCCUCGGCGGCCGGACGGAGCGGGCAGCCCCCGGGAGGCGCCGCCGCUGCGGGCGAUGCGCUUCUCGUUCCACGGGCGGGCGCCGCAGCCUCCCCGCCCCGGCGUCCCGGGACGGCCCGGGGCGCCGUCUUCCUGCUCGCUUGUCAAGAGCAUGUCCUUGGAUUCCAGCCCAGGCCUGGAUCCCCAGCAGGGAAAAGCCGAGGCUCCCGGCCUCCUGGCGGCGGAAUACCCGUCGCCGACGAGAAUCGUCGGGGAGAGGCCGUCUCCCGGCCGCAGAUCUCUGGGGGCAAAGCCGCAAGUACCUCCGAAGCCGUCACACCUCCAUCGCCCCCGCUGGACGGAGCCCAUCCCCCCGGCUCCCUCCCGCCCGCUGCCCGCUGACCCCAGGGGCCCCCCGGCUACGUCCCAGGACACCCCGAACCCCGGUCUCCCUCCGGCCCGCGUGUCUUCGCUCAUCGAAAAGUUCGAACGGGAGCACAUCCCGCUGGGGCCCGAGAUGUGCUGGUCGGGCCUGGGCCCGGCGGAGGGAGGCUGCGUCGUCCCCGGCAACGGAGCAGGCCCGAAGGCCGGCAUGGUGGAGCGACUGAACUCGCUGGAGUCGGGCAUCAGCGUGGACUUCGUGGAAGGCUCGGAGGCCGGGGGAGGGGGGCCGGAGGGCGGAGGGACGGCCUCCUCUUCCUCCUCUUCUUCCUCCUCCUCCUCCUCCUCCUCCUCCUCCUCCUCCUCCUCGGCCCCUUCCAAGAGGCCCAACCGAGACAGCGGCAUCGGCAGCCUCAGCUCGCCCGGCGCCAGCGACGAAGCCUGCUUCGCCGGCGAGGAGGGCGCGCAGCCCAGGACGUCCCGUCCCUCCGUCCGCGACUCCGAGGGGGACAGUGACCUGGAGGAGGGGAGCGGGGACGAGGAGGAGGGCGAGGGCGAGCGGGGGGAGGGAGACGGAGGAGCGGCCCCUCCCGCGGUCGAGCGGCAGGAUUCGGCGGAGCUGACAGCUCAACAGAAGGUGUACCAGAUCGCCAACGAGCUGUUGGUCACGGAGAAAGCCUACGUCUCGCGACUGUACCUGCUCGACAAGGUGUUCUGCGCCCGGCUGAUGGAGGAGGCUCGCUGUCGUAACUCGCUGCCCGAGGAUGUGGUCAAUGGAAUCUUCUCCAAUAUAUGCUCCAUUCACCUCUUUCACCAGCAGUUCCUGCUUCCCGAGCUCGAGAGGAGGAUGCUGGAGUGGGAGUCGAAGCCACGGAUCGGAGACAUCCUCCAGAAGUUAGCUCCCUUCCUCAAGAUGUACGGGGAGUACGUGAAGAACUUCGACAGGGCCAUGGAACUGGUGAACAUCUGGGUGGAGAAGUCCACUCACUUCAAGUCCACCCUGCAAGAUAUUCAGAAGAACGAGCUGUGUGGAAACCUCACCCUGCAGCAUCACAUGUUGGAGCCUGUGCAGAGAAUCCCGCGCUACGAGCUCCUCCUGAAGGACUACCUGAAGAAGCUGCCCGAGGACUCGCCCGACCGCAAGGAUUCGGAAAAAUCUCUGGAGCUGAUUUCGACGGCAGCGGAUCAUUCCAAUGCAGCCAUCCGGAAGAUGGAACGGAUGCACAAGCUCCUCAAAGUCUACGAGCUUCUUGGUGGGGAGGAAGACAUUGUGAACCCCACUAAUGAGCUCAUCAAGGAGGGUCAUAUGCUCAAGCUCUCAGCCAAGAACGGGAGCACUCAAGACCGCUACCUUAUCCUGUUCAACAACCGGUUGCUGUACUGCGUUCCCAAGCUGCGCCUGAUUGGUCAGAAGUUCAGCGUCCGGGCGCGGAUCGAUGUGGACGGGAUGGAGGUGAAGGAGACCAGUAACCAGAACUCGUGUAGGACUUUCCUUGUGUCCGGCAAGCAGCGCUCACUGGAAUUACAGGCCAGGACAGAGGAGGAGAAGAAGGAUUGGAUCCAGGCGAUCCAAGCAACGAUUCGGAGACAUGAACAGACCCUGGAGACAUUCAAAGUGCUCAGUGGUUCGCUCAGGGACGAGGAGACGCCCCUUGCGUCACCGAACACGGAGCUGGGGAAGCGGGCUCCCACUCCGAUCCGGGAGAAGGAGGUCACCAUGUGCAUGAAGUGCCAGGAGCCCUUUAAUUCCAUCACCAAGCGCAGACAUCACUGUAAGGCCUGUGGGCAUGUGGUCUGCGGGAAAUGUUCGGAAUUCCGGGCUCGGCUGGUGUAUGACAACAACCGGCCCAACAGGGUCUGUCGGGAUUGCUACGUGGUUCUGCAUGGAUCGCCAGCGGGAUCCCCGCACCGGACCUCGUAUUCCCACCGGAGAAGGUCCAUCCUGGAGAAGCAGGCGUCGGUGGCGGCGGAGAACAGUGUGGUCUGCAGCUUCCUGCAUUACAUGGAGAAGGGAGCCAAGGGCUGGCAGAAGAGCUGGUGCGUCAUCCCCGAGAACGAGCCCCUUGUCCUCUACAUCUACGGAGCCCCUCAGGACGUGAAGGCUUUGCGCAGCGUCCCGCUGAUCGGCUUCGAUGUGGGCACCCCGGACGCCGGGGAGAAGACGGAACGGCGGCACUCCUUCCUGAUGACCCAGAGCCACCUCACCCUCCACUUCAGUGCCGAGAGCGAGGAACUCCUCCAGCGCUGGGUGGGCGCCCUGUCCCGGGCGGCGCGAGGUGUGUCGGAGGGAGAGGGAGCGCCGCCCUCGGAGGGGAGGCAGGACCACAGCGGUACCCCUCCCGGACAAUCCCGGCUCCCCGACACCUAACGGGACCGUCCCACCACACAGACCCGAGAUACUUGAAAAGAAGCGCACUUUUUGUUUUGUUUGAUUCCCGUUUUUAAUAUUUUUUAGAUAUUAUUUUAUAUAUGAUAUGUUAUAUCAAAGUUAUAUAUGUAAGGGUUUAAUAGCUGUAACCCACCCCGCCCCCCCCCCACCACUCCCCUUUCAUCAGAGGGGGACAGGAUGGGUGGGAUUCCUCACCCCUCUGCUGUCCUGUGGAGAGGGUCCAGUGUUGUGGGGGUGGGGGGUGUGCUGGGGUUGGGGAGGGGGUCGGGGGCUGGGGGAGUAGGGUGGAAGGGAGGGGCGGGUCGGUCGGACAAGAGACUGGUUUCGGUCACGAGGAAGAGUUUACGUCGGUGUUUGGGUUCCCCUCCCCUCCUCCCUUCACCCCUCCCCUCCUCCCUUCACCCCUCCCCUCCUCCCUUCCCUCCUCCUCCCCUCU